GGGAGUGGGCGUAAUGCUUGACAAGGCUAGAGAACCCGUCUGCGCACAGCACAUACACGACUUGGCCCCAGAAACGCACACACUAGGGUUACACAAAAAGGGCCUAGGCAGUUCAGAUCUCACAUGUGUGAGAGUGUCAUUAAGGAGUCUUCGCAGUCUAACUCUCGGUCCAUCAGUCGGCCGCUCAACUCAAAAACACGCUGGACUGACUGCGUGGUGCGAGUUGAAUCGUAAUUUGGUAACCUUUAAAGCCAUGGCAUUUAAUGCCCCGUGGUAGUCUAAAUCGCGCCAAACUGUGUAUAGUGAGGUGCGGCGGGUGUAGGUUGGGGCCUUCCUUCCAUUUAUAGUGCCUACUGCUUGUCGAACCAUCAAUUGCUUAAGAUAGGCAGCCGAAUUUCUCAUUCGAACAUACGACAGUCCGGCCGUCCUACCCGACGAUGGCCACCAAGUUGAAGCAGGCACGAUGAUUUGCUCGUGAAUUAGUUUAUAGUGAAUGUGGGCUUGCGUAGCAUCUACUGCACUCUCUCAUCCUCACCUUAGCUGAUGCCAAGACAUAGUCAAGAAGACGGGCGCUGAGGGAGGGCGCAGGUGACUGACACGAUCGGACCCGCACCUAGGCGUACCACCACACCCCUCGGUCCACAACAAACACUUGAGCAGUAUUUUAGCCAACAACAACAGCAUCACAACUGGUCAGGAGAACAACGAAGACGACUGUUCAGCUAUGCUCACGACCUGUUUACCCAGCGGGAGCGUAAGUGCAUCUACCGGCAGGGAAACAGAUACUGUAAAACUGUCAGCGAACAGUAGGCUGCGAGGACCAUAGUUUCCCGACCAGGUAUGGAAGACUCCCGCAUAUCUUUAAUUCACACAUACAGACCUAGAACAUAUCUAUCUAGCGAUUUCCCGUUACUCCCCUGUUGUUACGUCCAGGUACAGCAUUUUUGCCGUGAUCGUCAAAAAUAAUGCUGCUCAAAAUUUGCUAAGACAGAAACAAAAUUUCUUGGAUGAUGGUAUAUUCCCUCGACAAACUGGGGAGUGAUUUUUUUUCUGCGUUAUCUUCGCGUAAAAUUCCAGUGCUUAACUUGGUAAAGAUAAGCUAUCAGAGGUUAUCAGAGGGUUCGGCCCCUCAAUUCUUUUAUCUAUAGCUGCAGUAAAAUGUUCUUGGAUUGCUCUUUUAUUAUCGCUUCUGAAUCCUAUUCUUCGGGGGCAUCCUCAUGAAACUUCACUGGAAAUUCAGCGUUGUUCCAGAGUGCGAACCGCCAGCAAUGCUAUUGUGCUAGUGCUCGAAUUUGACCCCGUGCAGUGGCGGAAGCACAUCUGGAUCUCUAAACCUCUUACCUCUUCGAACUGUGCUGUUCGAAGUGAAUGCAAAUUCCCGGAACGUAUGGAACCCCACGUAUUAUUCAGCUGAAAAGUAAUUGUCAAUUCGUCACGUUUGUGAAAAGCAAGGGUUCCAUGUGGAAACCAAGGGUUUGUAUCGAGUAAGUCGAUAAGCGCACUUCCGUCCUUAUUAAUAUCCCUUCUAACAACCAACGAAGUAGUGGGGCAGUCAUAUUACUGAUAGGGGGUUUGAAUAAAGAGUCUCCAUUAAAUGCCAAUAGAAACGAAGAGACGAGUCCCAGAAAGCAGUCGUGACGAAGGAGAAACGAUCGUUGGGACAAGAGCUUUAUUCGCCUGACGUUUCGGAUUCCUGAUCGAAUCCAUCAUCAGAGGCAAAAGCUGAUACGGAUUGUUCAUACACAAAGGCUGCAGUAUUUAUAGGAUGCAGUCGUUAUGCUGCCGCAUACCUAUGAAUGUUCACGACUUCCCCCUUCAUCAGGGAUCGUUGCACUUGGCGUGAUGACUGUUUGAUGGCCGACAUUAGCGCCGUUAAUUGCUGCAAUUUCAUCACGUGCUUUGGAUGUUGGUGUGAUGAUUGCUCGACCAUCUCACGCAACGACCGUGGAGUUGGGAACAGUGUUUGCCUGUGUGGCCCCCGCGUCGCUAAUUACUCUGCCUAGGCGAAUUCUCAGCACCGAAUACGGAAGGGGAAGGUCGCUGCACUUUUUAAUAGACUGGGGAAUAGGGGUAUGGGUAGCUGACAACGACAAAUAAACCCAGAAAUAGCUGUUGCACUUCUCGAUAGUUUUGCCCGUUACUGACCGCUCGCCGCUGUGGAGCCGCCUGGCAGGACUCUGAUCAGGAGAUCUUACGAAAGCAGAAUUGCUCGUGUCCCGUCCUGCAGUCAGAGUAGUGCCCCGCUUCCGCGUGACUGCGUGAAAUUGGGACAAAGCCACCAAGCCAGACACCCGCAUGUAACUGCAUUCGCCGGGACCCACCCUCCCCCUGGCGCUGACUGGAAUUAUGGUUUCUCACCCCCCCCCCUCCCCUACCCUCCCCUAUCUACCCGUAUCUUUUGCAUUCAUUACUUCAAUAGCCAUAUAAAUGUACAGGCCUGAAGAGAAUUUAUCAAAAGCAAACGUAUGCUCGCCAAAUUGCCUUUUGGACGAUAUUUCCGUUAGGGCAUCCACUCGCAUAAUAUUAUUCAAAAGUGCUUACUUAUAUUGUUUCAGUAGGUGGUGUUGGUUUGGUAGUAGAUAACAGGGUUCGUGAACAAUAGCGUCUCUGUCUACGAAAUUCUAGUCGCGAAUAUAGCAUGACACAAGUAUAAAACUCAUUAUUUAUCCCCAUGUGACCAUCUAUGAGGACUUAAGCCUGGAAUUUUAAAGCUAAAUGGAACAAAUAUCGGAUCGAGAAGAAAGCAACACGAUCUCUGGAGUAAGAGCUUUAUCAGCCUAACGGUUCGGAUUCUCAACCGAAUCCAUCAUCAGAGACAGAGUCAGAUAAGAGUGGUAAGUUGUUCAGGUGUUGCAGUAUUUACAGGAUUUAUUUGUUAGGCCGAUACAUGUCUAUCACAGUCGGCAGCUCCCGACUGCAUCACGGCUCGACUGACCAGGUGUUAAAAUAUGCGGUUACCACGCCGUUGCUAUGCCCUUGUGUGCUAGUCAAGAUUAUCGGCUCCCACGUUCAUCGCACGCAGACGAGUUGCUGACUGUCUGCUUUCGUCAUCUGUUGGGUAAUUUGACUCGUCGACACUGACACCAGGAACAGUAGUCAUCCGCAAGCUCUCCUCGCGGCUAACUACAUUGUCUGGACAAAGUCGGAGCGUUGAAUAUGGAGUGGAGAGGUCGUUGCGCUUGUUGAUUGAUAAAGGAUCGGAAAAAAACAUGAUCCGAGCAGCUCAGAGCUCACGCGGUUGUCAACUCUAGCAAGAAUUUGUGCUUCGCUUAACUUAAAUAUGCGGUCGGGUCCCGUCGAAUAAAUCGCAACUUGGGUGCUGGCGUCUUUUCUCCUCACUGCUGCUGCGUUCUCGGUAACCCGCAUCGGCAGUAGUCUUUCGGUUUCUGCGACAUAGUUGCAUUGCCCACAACUGAAUCAAACCCCAUCAACGACUUCAGAUGUUUUUUGCAGUGGCAGUGAGUUUUUCGACCUCAUGAUCUGGCGCCUUAUAAUUGCCUCCGGCCUGUGUGCGACUCCAAUUCCAAGGGGUGUGAGAAGGCAGCUAACGGCUUCUGAGACAUUUCUUACGUACGGGAGAGCUCACCACCAUUUGAGGCCGGUUGGGUUUUGUCUUUCGUUUUGUUUGUGCAGGCACUGGUUGACGAAGUUGCGCGGGUAGCCGUUGGCUUUGAAUAUCUGUCUAAGAUAUUGUAAUUCAACAGUCUUGUCUUUCGGUUCACUGCAGCGUGUUUCCGCACGCUGUAUAUUGCCCUUAUACGGCUGCGUUAGUGGCUGAUUGGGUGGUUGCUGUUGUAGCUGAUUACUUGCGUCGUGUUUAUCGCCUUCCUGAAUACUUUGGUUUUUAGGCCUCUACAAUCUUUGCAGAAAUGAGGACAUCCAGAAAGACCAACUGGUUGUUUUCCUCUUCCUUCACCGGAAAUUAGAUGUCCGGGAAGAUGGCGUUGAGAUGUUCUCUGAAUUGCGACGCCUGAUCCCGUUUGAUGACGACAAAGGUAGCAUCAACAUAUUGAGUCUAGAAUUUUGGUCUGUGCUGUCUCCAACCGUCUCCAACCGUUGUAAGACCGCCUCGGCUAUGAGUCCUGCAAUCCGUAAACCCAUUGGCGUGCCCUUCGUCCGCCCGUAGAUUGUCCCGUCGAAUAUAAAGUACGUCCAGAGACAGAACUGCAGGUUUUGGAGGAUUUGGUCUUGUCUAACGCGAUUCUGAGUUUCAUCUUGCUUGUCUCGUAGGAGUAGUUCGAUGGUGUUGACUGCCAGGUCCUGCUGAAUAGAAGUAAAAAGGGACGUGACAUUAAAGGAUACCAUGACGUCACUUGGCAGGAGGCUUACCCCUUUCAGUUUCUCUAAAGAUUGGGUUGACGGACUGACUAUAGUGUCUGAAUUUGCGAUUAGAUAUUUGAGACGCCGAAACAACCAUUUUGCCAGCCCGUAAGUUGGAGUACCUUUGAGUGAGACGAUGGGCCGGAGGGGGACACCCGCGUUGUGCACCUUGGAAAGACCAUCGAAGCGGGCAAAUGCGGUGUCCUGGGCUCUCGCCAUGCUUCGGUCAGCCGGCGAUAUUGCACUCGAAUUGGCCAAUGACAACAGCGUCGCAUUGGUUUCGCGUGUCAGGAUUUUUAACUGGUUGGUUGCGCAGGGGGCAUAGGACUGCCGGUCCUCCAGUAAACGUUUGGCCUUCUGAAGGUGGUCACUCCUGUCAAAACACCCUUGGAGCGCUCCUUGUCCACAGGCACGAUAACGAACUCUUUAUCGGCCUUGAGUCCUUUAAGUACAGCACGUUCGGCCUUGGAAAUCACUUCGCGCGGCCUGUGAGCCAUAAGGAGAGACGACAUUUGGUGUUGGGUAAGGUUCUUGGUCUUGCCCGUCUCUGAUGAUGGAUUCGAGUGAGAACCCCAAACGUCAGGCUAAUAAAACUCUUGUUCCAGCGAUCAUGUCUCCCUCUUCACGACUACUUCCAGGAACUCACCUCUUGGCAUAUAUUAAAAAUAUCAGAUAGGCGAAGAAAAUUUACAUGCAAAUAAUAUUUUAGUAUUUACAGACCCUUUACUUGGGCGAACUCCUCUUGGGGCAACUAAGAUGUGUUUACUACAAUGGGCGAGGCUUAGGUCGCAUUAUGAAGGAAGGACCCGAAACUUGAGAUCGUGUUAUUGAACUUUAAGGGGUCCAUUACAAUAGUCAGAAAGUGCAUUUUUAAGUCUGCCGUUGGGAUUCGAACCGCCGGCAUCCUUGAAACGAUGUCCUCGUCGAGUGCAGCCAGAGGUCAUGGUAACAUUGACUGCUAACGGUUUUUCAUUUAAACAAAGGCCGAUUCAUCGUAGGCAUUCUGUGUGGGCUUUUCCAUUGUUCGACGUUUAAUUUUAAUUUUUGAGUGAGUCCAGAAGUAUGGUCUUCCGGUUUCUCAAUCAGUCCCAAACGCAGUCGCGUAAGGGUACUAUAACAGCAUGCGGAGACAUGCUGCAGUGAACCAAAAGACAAGGUUGUUGAAUUACAAUAUCUUCGACGAAUAUUCAAUGCCAACGGCUACCCGCGCAACUUCGUCAACCAGUGCCUGCACAAACAAGACGAAAGACAAAACCCAACCGGCCUCAAAUGGUGGUGAGCCCUCCCGUACGUGAGAAAAGUCUCAGAAGCCGUUAGCCGCCUUCUCACGCCCCUUGGAAUUGGAGGCGCACACAGGCCGGAGGCAACUAUAAGGCGCCAGAUCAGGAGGUCGAAAAACCCACUGCCACGGCAAGAAACAUCUGAAGUUGUUUACUGGGCUUGAUUCAGUUGUGAAAAAAGCAACUGUUUUGCAGAAAUCGGAAGACUACUGCGAACGUGGGCGACCGAGAACGCAGCAGCAGUGAGGAGGAAAGACGCCAGCACCCAAGUUGCGGUUUAUUCUAUGGGACCCUACUGCAUAUUUAAGUUUGACGAAGCACAAAUUCUUGCUGGAGGUGACAACCGCGUAAGCUGUGAACUGCUCACAUCGCGGUCAAUGUAAAAACGGGAAAAUUACCUCGAAUUAUCGUUAAACCACUUUGGAACACAUAGUCGAAAUCUAGGCUGUUGACUUACUAUCGUACUUCAUAUUACACUAAUUUUUAAUUAAUAUAUAAAUAGUGAGUAUAUACAAGAUAUUUUUAAACAUCAAUGUGUCUACGCUACUUUUUUUACUUGGUCGUUUGUAUAUACAGGUUUUGGACAGUUUUAGAAAUUGAGUUUACGAACUUGACUAAAAUUUUUGCUUUUUGGAAAUUUCCGUGUUUCUUAAGAAAGUCGCUAUUUCGGAACACCGCAAUAUUACUUUUAAUGUAUCGUCUGUGCUUAAGUUUAGUCGACUCACUUGAUCCGGUUUCGAUUGACUUGAAAUUUUUUGUCAGUUUAUCCACAUUUCAUGAGUUAUAUUGCCUGGUGUAGGCCUGAGAAGGCCAUCCCAGUGUUCCAUGUUUGGUGGUUAAAUUCCUCGACUACUGACUGCCAGUGCCAUGCAAUUGCCUUCGUAGGUUAUAAAUACCCGCCUCCAAGACAGAGCGAAGCUUAUUCCUCCGCACUGUCAUCAGGAUAAAUUGGUUCACGCCCUUCUCACGCGAAUUUACCUUGUAUAUGCAAAAAGUACUCCCCGAAGUCAUAAACUGGUGGUAUAUUCUUGAUGGUAGAUUGGCCCCCACCGAUCAGUUUACGGGACAUGCCUGUCCCGUUGUGCCCUGGAGGCCAAUCUAGAGCCCUUGCAGACAGUUGCGUAUUGACUGGUAGAAUAUGCAGAUACCGAUAAAGAAAAAGGAGACCAGAAUGUCCAUUUCUGUUUUUUUUAGCCGUUACCAGCCAGCCAUACGCUGUUCCAGGUGUAGAGACGAAGGGUUAGAACUCGGGUCUUUGAUUAUUGAGUCUGAUGCUCGUUCAGUGAAGUAAGGGCUCGUUGUCCUGUUGGUUGUGAUCGGAGCAAGCAUGUCCUGCAACCUGUUCGCUGAGCGCCACCCUAUCGACAUCAAUAUUCCCGAUAACAACCGACAAAACAGCAAAUUCUCGCUUUAAUUUUCAGAGUACUAGACUCGACGACCGAAGAUCCCAGGUUCGAAUUCCAGGCGCUGUACACCUGGGGUUGGGUGUGAGCGGCCGGUGACGGCCAAUAGGCCAGAAAUAACUCCAUUUUUUGCGGCAAUAAAUUUAAUCUAUUUCUUUUACUCUGCAUUUGAGCCGAAUAAUCAGCCGACCGAACUAGCCGAAGUCAUCUAUACCCGCAAAAGCCAUGUUCUGCCUUUAAACCGUUCGGCAUCAUGAGACUAAUUUAGAAGCUGGAGUGACCUUUCGGGUAAUCUAGCUUUUGCAAGUUUAUUACUAUUUUUAAGGUGUGUGCAAACAGUCUCCAUAAGGGAUACUAAGGGAUACAUGGAUCUGCUCCAGAACAGAGGCACAAUAUACAAUUAGUAAACAAUAAGAAGAAGAGGACAGUACCUGCACUUACUCGGUUCCGGUCCAAUUCAGAGAGUACAAAGCUUGGUUUUUUGCCUGUUCAAUAGAGCCAACGGAUGCGAUCAAUGAUAAAUAAGUUUCCCGAACGGCGUUUUCUGGGAAAUUUAGAGAUAAGUAUCACCAUCCCGAGUAAGGCCAUCCACUAGAAAUGUCCGAGACGAAACAGUAAGUGAGCAUCUACCUUCCUUUCAAGGGCGAUAAUGAGCAAAGCCAAAUUAGGCGACAGCUUCGAUGGACGACUGAAUGUACAUACGCCACUUCGGCCUUGUUGUUCAAAAGUACUAUCAUGACUAUUCCAGUUAGACCAAUUACAGAUAUCCUUCCUAUGCACGGGACAUUAAACUGCAUUUAUGAGUUUUCACGUAGUUUCGGAUACACAUCGUUGGGCGCACGUAUAGUAAGUGGCAACUCGGUCUGCUGGGCACUGCCGAGAAUGGAAAAUAAGGCACCCAGAAUUUCAAAUAUGAGGCAUCUUGUAGACACCGAUCAUGUCGUUAGUCCAACGGUUAUAUUUGAAGUCCUGCGUCGGGCAGCGAUCGGGCAUAUCCUAUGUUAUUCAGAAGUCGCGGCAAUAAGGAGAAAACCAUAGUUAUGUAAGCAAUUGGAUAACAUGAGCUACCUCGCAGUCGUGGUAAGAGGGAAAUAACUCCAUUCUUCCCUCCUGAAUCCUCACUCCCUCUACAUGACUUACUAACGUCUCAUGCUGUGCAACCGUAAUCAAGCUUGACGAGGUUUCGCUGUAGCACAAACUCGGUAGCCUAUACAACUUUCCGCCCCCUCACAUCGUGCCCACCCCCCUGUCAGAUCAACAUUCCCUUCUUUUAUUUAUCUAUCAAAUUUUCAUACUGAACGGUUAAUUUCAUCAAGAUGCAAUGACCAUGAGCAGUGGAAUACUAUGUCAUUAGAUUUUAUGACAUCAAACUGUGCAUAUUUGAUCGUCUGUGCCCUUUGCAAUUUUAUCCCUGGACUAUAUCACAUCCUCCACUACCGAUUCAUUUUAUUUGGAAAAAUUGCCUAGGCCGACAUUUAAAUACCUUUCUCAUGUUUAACAGCGCCUAAUGCUUGCCAAAGCCGGAUCAAGCUGACUUUGCCCCUUGUGGUUUUGAUUCCAUCUGAGAGCUCCGUUAAUUUCAUCUUUCCCAUUACACUACCCUGACGAUUUGUUCGCACGAAACAGGAAAUUACGGCAACUUUCUAAAUAUUUUCUAAUCUGUAUUGUCGAGAACAGCACAGCAAUUAAAAGGAAAAGUUAAACCAGCAGUUGAGUUACAAUUUCAGACUUUAUGGUUUUGUAAUACUACAUAUUCGGGCAGUUUUGACUCAUUUUCCCUCGACGACGUGAGCCCGUUGCCAACCCCGCAAAUGAGCUCGAAUUAAACUCCCGGCCUGGUUUUGGGUCUGGCCGGUUAGGGAUGCCAAGCAACCCAGAUGUGGUCAUUCAAGUCUGUCUCCUCCUUGUCGGUAAUCUUUGUGGAGCAAGUAUACUCUUCUCUUGAGGUUCAUGCACAAAUCAGUAGAAGGGAAUUGCUAGAAAAAAGCCCAAAUUCUGAUUGGCUUGCCGUGAUUUUGGGUGACUUCAAUUGUUGCCUAGCUCUUUGUCACUCAACAAAAAUAAGUUUCUGCAUCCUUUAAGGCUUCGUCGCCGGAGACAAAGCCUUCUGUGUAAAAAGACAAAGACAUGGAGGCUGGCUCGUGGCCACAAAAGAAUAGACAGCGCUCAGUUUUUGUUUCGGGUAAGUAUCACAUGAAUGGCAAUACGGCGGACAUUGCUUUAAUGGGCUGUUUACUUAGCCCCGAUGGACUUUGUCUGAGGGACAACCGCGAGAUUUCUGUCCUUCUGUGAGGAAAAUAGAGGACAAAUAAGAUUUCAGAUUGUUAUUUGCUCGACUUCACAGUGCCUAUAAAUUACCACUGGCACCCCUUCGUCCUUCUUUUAGCAUUCGUAUUACAGUGAGUGACCGAUUUCAUGAAAUGUUGGCCGAACUUCUAAAAUGCGCUUUCGAUUUGGAAGGAUUACUUAGGUGGGGUUGUAAUAUUGAUUAUCUUGCAGUAUAAUCCAGUAAUAUUUCAGAGUGGACAGGAUGUCGGCUAUUGAAUGCACUUCUUUUUGAUCUCCUGUAGAAAGCACACUCGGUUAAAAUAUUGCUGCUUAAGUAGCAUGCACUUUUCGCAUUGAUUUUCGAUGGUCAUUAAAGUUCAAAUACAUUUUUUAGAAGACAUGCACAAAAAUAUGCGUACUUCUACUCAUUUGGUAGCAAAUCACGUCGACUCUACUUUUUAUGCUUGAAGACAAGGUAUAUUCAGAUUUUAUAAAAAAAUUUUAAGCAUAAGAUUUUUGAGAUCGUGCAAUGUACAUUCAAACAGCACCGUACCUGUCUGUUUACCAAUGCUCCUCAUGAAAUGCAUAACAUAGUCUGCAUUAAUUGUAAAAUUUCAUGAGCUCUAAAUGGUGUAUUCUUAAAGGCAUAGAGAAAUAAAUGACUUUCCUCACGCGGAAAGCAUGCAUCUCGUAGACUAAGAUCGCAAAACGCUAAUGCAACGACUGAUCUGGCUUAAAAAAAUUCAGGAAUUGGAAAACUCUUUAAAACCUAAAUUUACUCUGUCUUCAAGCAAAAAGUGUAAAGUCGAUAUGAUUUGCUACCAAAUGAGUAGAAGAAAGCAUAGUUUGUGCAAGUGUUCUAUAAAAUAUAUUUAAACUUUAAUGACCAUCGAAACUCAAUGCGAAAAGUGCGUGCUACUUAAGCAGCAAUUUUUAACCGAGUGUGGUCUCUGCAGGAGAUCGAAAUGAAGUGCAUUCAAAAGUCGACAUCCUGGCCAGUCCGAAAUAUUACUGGAUUAUGCUACACGAUAAUCAAUAUUACAACCCCACCUAAGUAAUCCUUCCAAAUCGGAAGUGCAUUUUAGAUGUUCGGCCAACAUUUCAUGAGAUCGGUCACUUACUGUAUCUUCACGUCCAACGCAUGAAUUUGGAGUGCAGAAAUCUAACGGUUUGCAGAAAAAGUGAAGGGAUUUCGAAUGAAUUUUUAUUUUUCGCCGCGGUCUGUCGACCACACCCCAAAUUCAGGCGCGGAAGACCCGCUAUUCCAAUCCAAACCAAUAUAGUUGAAGUGUACCCGGAGUCACGAACUAUGUCAGCUGUACUCGAGAUCAGGCAAAACGAGGCUGCAGCGACUUUCAGCACAUUAGAAAGGUACAGGCUCAUAUGCUGCUGGUAGUACGUUGGACUCCAAAUCGGCCGAACCAGAGCUUAAUCUCCCGAACUUUCCAGCCAGGCGUCAAUAUUUAGCCGGUUGUGAAUCCCAUACAAGUCAGGAGUGAUUAUGCAGUCUUUCUAAACUUUGCCGCUGAUAUCUAUCCGCCACUGAUUGCUCAUCACAACGUGAACGACGAUCAGCGUUCAGGCCUGCUGCGCCAAGGCAGAGUAGAAUAAAGUCUAAGAUUGCUGUUUGAAUAUCCGCACAGGAAGUAGGUGUUUGGGUUUUUGGAAAAGUAGACAUUAGUGAAUAAAUUUUUGGAGGAGCCGAUUGUAUAAAAAAAUAACUCGUCCGCGGUUUGCCGCUAAUGAAAAUACAGAUCUGGAGGACUUCUUUUAUCAAAAUUUUGGUGUGCCAACCCUAUUUAGUGUGGAGCUUGGAGCUGACAGCAUAUUUUGCCACGAUUCCUAACUGUCCGGAUAUAGACUAUUCCUAUCUGUACAAUCAUCCGUGAAAAUCCCAUUUACGGACUCGUAGAUUUAAAUCGAGCGCACUCUAUGCGAUUUUGUCCUGUCACAUGGUUAGAUGAGUUAACGACGCUUCAGAAUACGUUAAAUUAUCUUCCGUUGUAAACAGCCAUAUGUUGUUGGAAAUCGAUUACCCUCAUAAAGUCCAGAAAAUAAACUUUGCGAGAUUAAUCUAACCACUUGAAAUCUCCCGUAACUCCACUGACCUUAGUAGACAGGACACAUAUGACGUAUUGUCCGGCCAUACAAACUGUUUUGGUCUAACUCCUACAUUUUGAGUAACCGCUUGCACGCACACAACUCCAGCACGGCGUGUUAAGCACAGGAUUCAUACAGGGAAUAAAGUUCGGUAGUCAAAGAAUAAUGCAGAAGAACUACAGAGUGCGACUUUGCGUAUUUAACUCUAAGGAGCUAUUUCCUUGAUAUCUUUUAUAAGAAGAAAAAUGGCACUUUUUCGUGGUGGGAAGAACUGCAAAUCCCAAUUCUUACUUCAGUAAUAUUCCCCUGAGAGAGCCCUAAUGUCAGCAGAAUAACAGAGGAUGAACUAGUUACUUAAUGACACAAGCAAGGACUGUAAUCGCAAGCGGGCACCCAGAAUGGCAGUCUAACAGAUGGAUGGUCUUGAGGAAGUCUCGAGCUGAAUCCUAUGAACUGCAAUCUUCCAGGAGAGGUAUCAUUGAAAGGACAAUCAGCAACCUAUAAAUGCUCAAAUCGUUGUACCCAUGGUUCUUGUAUACGCCACACUAGGCAUAUCAUGGAAGAAGCUAGAUAAUACAACUUUGUUCACAUGUCAGUCUAACCUAUGACUGCACUUACAGCGUAAAUGCAAAGGCUAGCAGUCGGUAGCAGUGGGGCGCAACUGCGAUACUAACAAUCUCCGACGAAUAUUUAAAAAAUCGUAAUUAAUAUUCUUGGGCAUAUUCAUUCACUUAAAUCGUAGCAUUUCGGAGAGGACUAGGUCCUUCUUAAUUGGGGCUUCUAAAGUGACUACAUGAAUAUCAGCAAAAAAGGUCCUAAGUGACGAACGACAUCUCCGCGCGGAUCGCUUGAAGCUUAUCACACAGAGCACUAACAGAGGUUCAUUCUCAGGGGUUAGAAAUAGCUUAUUCUGAUUGGGCUCCCCUAAGCCGUUUAUCUGACUUCCUCUUAUUAAUCGGAUUCCACGUAUGGCCGUUGUAAAUGGACGAACUUGUCAGUGGAUUACACGUUGGAGAAGUAGCAUAAUUGCGCUUCUACUGCGCGGCAUGUGUUAUCAGCAAAAAGAACAGACGUAGAUGGAUAUUUCUGGUCUAUUUUUCGUCAAUAACCCGCCAUGACUCAAAAGUAGGCUAAAACGACGGUAAAUUUGUAUCCAGCUGACUUUGGGCAUUUGGCGAGACGUCCGACCAUUUCCGCGCGGGUCGUGUCCUGUCGGCCACGAGGAGGAACAUUUCAGCUAACACGAAAGUGGCUUUCGACGAAUUCUCCCGAUCUCAGAGGAGGUCCUCUCGGUCUUGUGAGACGUUUCUCAAUGGCAAGUUGACAUGUUUAUUUCAUUUAGGAUUUUGUUCCACCCUCUUCAUCAUUUCUAUCCCAAACGUAUACUUUUUUCCAUUCUGGAACAUAUUUACGAACUGAAUUUCAUUUGCAUGAGUUUCAGAACAAAGUGUCUAUGGGUUCAACGUUGAGUUCUUAUGUCCCUGUUAAACGGCCGGUGGGAGGCAGCAAUAGGUGUAUGUGUAAAGGCCUUGAAGUUGCCGAUCGGGGGAUAGGUACCCUAUCCAUUAUGCUUCGGGUAAGGCCACGGCUGUUUGCGGAAGAAAGAUAAGCUGUAAAUGAGCAGUCUUGUUCUCAUAUUUACUGGCGUCCGAGGCGAAAGUUCAUCUUGUCCAAAUGUGCUCAUGGAUGACUUUUCCGCACUUUCUCGGAUUUCUCCAACAUCUUUAAUAAAACUUUGAUUACACCGGAGUAGGGAUAUGUGAUCUUGAGCAGCUAGUCAGACAGACUCUGUAAUCGUAAUGAGUCCUCUGCUUGAGACUUUCAACAAUUCUAAUUAAUUACUGAUUGAUAUUGUGCUUCGGCCAUCAAGCCAGCAUCAUUACAACUGCAGGGAUUUGCCACAUGACCGGAAUGACGUUACAAGGUCAGGCAAGGACUGCAAUUGCCUUCUAAUCGGAAAACUGUAUUCGGGCCUGCUCUAAAACGUCGCACUCGUUACCGGACUAAGAUCGCUUGAGUUUGCCGAACGUUGUCGGAAUGUCACAGUGUUGGGAAAGUAGAGAAAUCGACAUAUCCGACUCUGAUUUUGUACAAUUUUAAAAUUAUUAGGGCUCCUAUUCUUAGUCGAAACCUCUGCCGCUAAACACCCUCUUUAGUUAGAAUUUCGCACUUUUGUUAACUCUGAUAAGUGACUUUUGAAUCUGAAUCAGCAAUAUUUUUCUCUCUAGUCAUAUUUUUGACCGACUAGAAUGGAAUUUUCGCCUAUAUGUAUUCGGGCAAAGUGGUGGCGUGGUUUACUGACUAGGCACCCACGUCCUUGAAAAAUAUAAAGUCCUCGCGGGAACUCAUUACAGUACUAGUUAAGUGUGCCUUUUUUCUUUUGUGCUGAAACUUGAGUUCCAAAGUAUUUUAUUGUAAACUUUGUCCGUUUCAAAGUAAAAGUCUGAACUACCUACCUUUCUAUUCAAAUUUCCCACCACCCCUCAGUUACGUAGCCCUACGUUUGUCUCAAGUGCUCUUCAGUUCUGAGAUUAUGGCUACUGGCGUAUGUCACACUUUGCUGUGCUUAAAAAAUCAAAUUGGAGUUUUCUUAGCCUGACGCACAUCGGUAUAUGAAAAGUGAACUAAAACGCGCUCUCCGGACCGAAUAGCUGGCGGACGGCCCGUUUCUAACCGCAUACAAGGUGGGCCGUACUGUCUUUAUCUCAAUGGUUUGUGUCUAGAUUUCCUCUCGGGAACAAAUCUAGGGAGCCCUAUUUUCCAAGCACCCUCAACGUUCCGAAGACAAAAAGUUUUGAAUCUUUUUUCCGCUCAAGAUACUUUUUUCGCCCAAUAUGGCUUAUAAUCUGUGCCUUAACAGGCAACAUGAAUGCCAUUUUGAACUUCAGUGAAACUGUCAACUGGAUGGGCGACAUUUUUUCGAAGGUUAUGUGUUGGGGAGGCUUAUUUGGUGAAGUUUCCAAUGGCACCUCCUUAUCUGCUCCGCAUUCUUAAUUUUGAAUGCUACGUUAACAUGCGCUUUAGUCAACAGUCUCCAAACUACUUAUUUCCUGGCGAAUUUUGUCAGAAUACUUGAGUGCCUUUGCGUAUCUUCCUUUCUCGGUAUGAACCAAGUUGAAGGACCUUGAGUUGCCCAUCGUUGUAAAUGGAGGGCUCCUCAUAAGCAGUGCUUGGUGUUAGCAAGACUACUUAAAUUAUUGUAUGCAAAAACAGACUUGCUCUGCUAAAAACGAGAGGGCCGAUCACGGGUACGAUUCCAUGCCGUAUUCGAAGGCCACGAACGAGCUCCGCCUAGUACGCGAGAGUGCGACUGGUGCGACUCGCCACCCCCACUCCCCGAAGCCUUCGGCCCGACGCGUAUCAGAAAGUCUGAUGCUGAUUGGCUCCUUAUGGCGGACACGUUCUUUUAUCGAGUUUUGAUUGGCCCCAGAGGCACAGAAACAAGCGAAUGCCGGCUCAGCCCCACCGGCUUCUUCCUGAUACCACGUGUGUUGGCUAAAGUGCUCACAUACUUUUAUACCUGGUAAUUUAUUCAUAUUUUUUGUGGAAGCUGAUAUUAUCCGAAUACGGGCGUCAAGUUCUACCUCAUUUUCUCUCUCUGGUAUGGUUCUUCUUGUCUCUUUAGUCGUUUAUGCACCGUCUGUCGGUCGGGCUUUUAUUUUUCAAACUGCCUAAAUUUCUGUCUCACACUUGUUGUCUCCUGCUGCCAUAUACGAUGCAGUUCUAAAUGAUGCCCCUCUAAAUGGUAAAACAGUUCUAAUUUCCUCUUCCCUCUGUGCUUCGCGAAGUACUUUAAUUCCGUACAAAUGGACCUUUCAGUAAAUGAUGCACGUUCGUAGUCAUUCGUAACUUAGGGGACCUGCAAACGACUUUCAACUUCCAAUGAUCUAUUUACCCGUGUUUCUCUAGCUCACUGAUAGGAGGCCAGAAAAACCGACCUAAGUAUGAACUGUUUCGUCAAGAGAAAACUCUAUACGCGGAGUAAGGCCUCAAACACAAUUCUCAUACCAACAGUAUUGAGACCUUGAUGUAAGUCUCCUAUGAGGAUUACCAAAGACUCUAAACAUAAAUUCAUCUGUGUGGCGUUUUGCUUUUGCUAGUUCAUUCCAAGGCUUUGCUUGACUAGCUCAUACUUCACUGUCCCCAACCAACUGUACGAACCGUGGGCACACCUGUAUCCAGCGCUGAAUCUCCAGUCUGAAAGGGGAAGAGCAGAAAAUGUGCUCAUGCUCGAGGGCUGUGUCUUUACGCUAUCCACGCUCACGGUUUCGUUGAAUCGUACGCGUAAGAAUCGCAGUACGGAAUGGUCGAUCGGGAUCUGACUCGCAGUCUUUUCAGAGGACGUGAUAUUCACUAACCAACCACAGCUAACAACAGCAUUUGUUUUCGCCGUGCAUGAAACCUUGCUAAUUGGCCCUUCGUCAAGCUAACACCCAUGGUUCGUCUGCUUUGUCAUUUCUGAGCCUGAACUCAAGUAUGACUCUGCAACGGGGGAAGCGCUCAUUAAACGGAUCUUACGGUUUUUGUUUGUGGAAAUUGGCGAGCCAUUAUUCCCGAAGCAAUGUGACCACGCUAAGCGCUCUUAUAACUGUCCGUUGUUCUCAUAUUUUACCUGUAUAUGAAGUAUAUGAUAGGCCUCUUAACGAAGGAUUCUCAAUUAAAAUUGGGCCGCCUUGAUACUCGAUUGUCCGUUGAAUUAUUAUUUGUGGAAAAGUAGCCCUUUCCUAGUACUGAGUGGUGCAAAUGCUUGACAUUUGGCCAGCACCCCUUUCGACAACUGCCAGUCGUCAGGAGAGCGGCAGUCAUAAUGGCAGCCCGGUAACUGAGUUUGUUGAGCAUCCACACAUCCCUCAGUUGUGCUUUACUUCUUCGCCUCUUUGUGCUUAAGAAUCUCAGUUAAUCAGGGCAGUCCUAUUCUUUCUAUAACUGACCACGGGCCUCCGGUCCCGUGGUGCUCCCCAGCAUUUUAAUGCGUUUUACUAACUAACUUGAACUGGUAUUCUCUCUGUUCCAACGUUUGACACUUGUCUGACGCGAUCGUUGGCGUGCAAGCUGAGACACGGGGCGGCAGCGGCGUAUCCGCCGGGGCCUCCCGCCGGUUCGAGUCCGUGCGAAGAGCAUGCGCGCGUUCAUGUGUCUGAUGAAUGUUCACACCCCUCUACACGCUGCGUGGCGCGCAUACACGUGGUGCGGGCGUACGAGCGGAACCUUUGUGUGACCACCACGAACCGUGACUUGGUCCCCCCUAGCGCUGACGAUCACCAUUUAAUCACCAGAACAUCGAAGUGCGUGCGUACUCACAUCCAGGGUGGGCAAAUUCGCAAACACAGCCAUUCAUUGUCUCUCAGUUUUCCAGCAUACGCGCAGGCCGCCACCUGGGGCUGCGAAGUAGGGGUUUGGAGGCGUCGUCAUUAGACUGUGUAUCAUUCGCUGUGAACUUAGAAGGAGGGAAUAAUUGGAGGGAACAUCGGAAAGGACGACUUUUGCCUCGUAGCUCAGGUGGUUAGAGCGUUGGCUGCGCUAAAGCCUUCCCCUUACUGCGUGGGUUCGAAUCCCACCGAGGCGCCGAGUUUUUUACAGUUGGGCCAAUAUGAAUUACCCAAUUAUUAUCAUCCAUGGCUAACUGUACCCUGCGCCUAGGAGGGCCGGUCGUAGAUUUACGAGUGUGAUGAAAUCAAGUAGGUUGAGGAGGUAGGAUUGCCGAAAAGGGCGACUAUCGCUCAUCGUCUCCAACUGUCCUUGGUUGACCAUUAAAACUUUCUCUCUGAAGCAUCCAGCAGUUGUAUUCGAGACAGCAGCGACAGGAUAGCUGGUACAAACGGGAGUACCUCCAAACCUGAGUGGAGUAGCUGGAUCUGAACUGGUUUUCGAAGGCGUAGUGCUGCAGUCUUUUAGAUAAACUAUGUACAACAGUUUCAUUCGUUUUCGGUCAGACAGUGAAAGGACCAGGGUCAACUAUUACCUGGGAAUAGGGGUGCAAGCGUUAAAUUUCCUCCUUUCUCCCGUUUUCGUCCCUGCAGUGCGUUUGAACCAGUUGGAACAGAAUUCUGACAAAACGGCAUUUGUGGCUAAUAAGGUGAUUGCCGUUGGACAGGAAAGUGCCUCUAGUAUUCUUUGCCAUAAGACAAACCAUAGUCGUUAUCUUUUAGCCCGCUAUACCUGUAACUUGUACAUCGAAGAGGGGCAAAUGAUCGUUGACUUCGUCUUCUAUGAUAGAUUACAGUUCGUGAAAGAGUGAGUUCAACAGUGCUUUAAAAUCUUGCAUGCCGCUCCUUUUGAGUAAGAAAAACGUGUCGUUGAAGUAUCCGAACCAGAAUUUUUUUAAGGGGGGAGGGUACGAACCGAAGAUCAAUCGUUCGAGCCUCUGCAGAAACCCUUCAAAGACGACAAUGGGAGAAGGGCGGCAGUGAAAUACCUACAUUUUCUAUCCGUAGUCAGUGGUCGCCCAUGAUAUUGCAUGCGCAACUGCCUGAAAAAGCCUGCUCGCCAGAUUUCGGGCGGUGGGAAAUCGAGUUCCUUGCUCGUGGUCCCGUAUCUGAAGAACGCCUCGGGGGCAGCAGCAGGAAUCAUGAACCCUUCUUGAAGUGGUGUGACUUAUAAACUAAAAUUUGAAGUAAGACAGCAGAUAAUGAGACCCAAAGACCCGCUGCCGGCAACAAAACAAUAAACAGUGGUUUAUAGCAUGCCCUUCCAAAAUUGCAGUGCGAGCUACGUUAGUGAAAUGGACAAAGGCCUUGACGCAACAAAACAGGGAUAGCAGCAUGCAGUUAAUCGUGGGGGUGAACUGUGCCUGGUAUAUGACCAAAUACAAGAAAAGCAGUUUCACCUUCGGGGAGGCAGGGGCCAUCGGUCGAACCAACAAGAAAAUAACCGGGCUGUUCUCAAAGUUUGGCUUUCGGUUAAUGCACUUAGUCGGGUCGUAAACCUGUUCCUCUGAUACUAGACGCUACAAUUAAGACUAAGUCCAGUCCGGACAGGGCCAACACCACAAAUGGGCCAAGUGCCGCUUAUCCAACAAUUAACACCCGCCAGACAAUAGAUAGAGUCGAGCAGAGACCAUUCGACCGGUAUGAGACAUCUGCUCACCGACGCGCAGUGGAAGCUGACUGGUCCAUCCGGUUACGAGAGAGCCGCCAACGGCCGCAGCGAUUUUUCGGCAACUGCGAUGACCACGAAUGAGACAGUAGUCAGGCGAGUUCACCAGCGGUCGGCUGAGAAGGGGACAGAAUCAAUCCUUCACGAACAGGCAUACCAAGGGUUGUGCGUCCGGUACGACUAUAAUACGAAACAGCCGGCGAGACUGAACAAAUCCAGGCUAGCAGGAGCAGUCGCUUCGCAGCACUGAUGGUGAAAGUAGGGGUUUCAAAAAUGUCCGCACAAAUGUGGUGUAGUCAUGGGGUCGUCUCUUACUCGGAGUUGAUAUAUGAAAAAGAAAACACUUGGGACUGUGGUGUUUAUUUCUGACUUGGUAAUCGUCGUCAGGCAACAACAACCAAUCGUACAUUGGGUAAAUCCUGUCUCUACGAGAGAACACACGCGUACUGCAGGGAGGAGAAAGACAAAGUAGUCGAAUUCCACUGCUUUCACCUGCGUCCACCGUCUUCAUGUGUUUCAGCAGCUCUAGAGAGUCCGGUCGACAGCCCAUAUGAACUGUCGGACCCACAGUGGCACAAACGAUACUCUAAUGUGUAACAUCGUACACUGAGAACAUAUCCAAAACGGCCGGUCGUCCCCUACUUUCACCGAAAUGCGGUGUCGCCUACGGGCUUGAGGCGGCAGUACGACAUCUGGUCGCAAGAUCUGAAAACUUUGGUGCGAGGCGAAAAAAAGAACGUUGACUGUCGCGUCCAGUGAAGUCUCUGCGAUAUGAGCUGUGAUGGAGAUUCCGAUAGACGACCAGAGACCCGCGUGGGUGAACACGCAUGGAUAAUAAGGAUGAUUGACCAGACUUUGCUGGUAGUAAAACGCUGUGCACCAUCUAGACACAGCCCCUUUUCGAGGAAGCUAAAAUAUUCAGUGAUCAGGAAUUCACAGAAGCGUUUGAGGAUUGGAACACCAAGAUAAACCUCAUCAACAGUUGUGUGACCCUCUCUGCAGCCUAUCUGGUCCCGCGGGAAGUGCUCACCCAAGGAACUGCGAGCAGGAAGUCAGACGUAAACGAAUCCAGCUUAAACAGUGACGUAGGCAGGCAUGGUGGUAAAUUUGAUUUAAAGACAGGCGGAGCGGAAUGCGUGGAGGAUUUUAACCCGCGAAACCGCCUAUAGGACCUUAACGCAGGCCAUGCGCGAAUGCCGAUGACGGAGGAUGCCGCCAGAUAAAUCAGAGACCCCGAUAGACGUGUAGCAGUCAGUGGCCUCACUGAUGCGGACAGGCGCAAACAAGCGGCAAUGACCGGGGCAACACAUAUUGAUUACACGUCGACAUCGUCCGCACCCCCAAAGGGGAACAAGUAAGGUGCUUGUCACUAAGCCGUCCACGCCCCCCCCCCUCCGGUGCAGUCUACGUAGGCAGCCUUUGAGACAGCGACAUCACCGAGGAUGGAUGUUCAUCUACGUUUGAAAUGUUGAGCCAUUAGAACUGUAGUCACCGUGAUCACCUUUGCUUACCGUUUAUGCAUUGAGAUGUGAAUUUUCACUUCAAGCACAAGUGCAUUUAUAAGUCGCUUUAAAUAAGGAAUCAAGCCUCCUCCUUUUCCCAGGCCUCUGAGAGGGGAAUGGAUUGGGCUGGUUACCGGCAGCGAACUCGUCAGGAGUUUUCAUAUAAGCACGCACGGCCCCUAAGAAGACCAAAAAAUCCGCAGUUCAGUGACUUUGUUCAUAACAAGCCACUCCUAUGCUAGUUUAGGAUGUAUGUAUUUUCAAUCCAUGCGCAAACUUUAUCAGAAACCUGGAGUGCGCCGUUAUCAUCCCCGGCCAAUUUCGUGUUUUAUUCUAUGGAGGAUUGCCAGAACCGUUCCAGGGAUGAAAGAGUGAUGAUGUUGAAUAUACAGUAAGACGUUGGCCCAAAGGGUAGCUUAGGAAACCGGAAGAGUGCAAUUUGCCAUGUUAGCCUUGCAGGACUUUGUGGAUUGGUCGAAUUGUAAGAGUUAUUUUGGUCCGUAAUUACAGUCCUCUUCAACUUAUACCCCAUGGUCGUUUGAAUGGAGCCUAAACGGUUGAAACGAUAAACGCCUUCCCAUCCACACAGGAGAGUAGUGACAGUGGAUGGAAAUAGAUGCAGCCGGCGCACCCGGACCUUUAGUUGCAUUUGACUUCAAAAGGCUUGACAAGAAAUCAUGGCUAGAAAGCAAUUGGAUUGGUAAGUCCGAGUUGUCGGUACUUCGCUCAGGUCUAUUUGUGUGAUUCGCCAUAUGAUUGUUUGUCCACCCAAACCUCUGUUCUUCAAACAGCCAAAGAUUGUUGCCCGGCACGCCAGAUGUAUAGGUCUACAGUACAACAACAACAACUACUACUACUGGUAACCAUCACUAUUAUCAUUGCUGUUAACGAUUAUGCAGCAGUUAGCAUUUUUGUAACUUUCAAGGAAAACAGCUUUCCUCGUUAUUUCUAUCUUAAAGCUUCUUCAUUCCCAAACGACUCUUUUGCGGUUCAUAACGAUUUCAAGCCUAUCUACGAGGGAGGAAAUUUGUGACAGACUUAGCAAAGUAGCUAGUUCAUGAAAAAUAAUGAUGGCACAUGUUGAGUAACUCACAAUACUGAGAGCACAGAUGCUAGCAAAAAGCUCAGACGCGUGUUUUACCGACUCUGCUCAGCCACAUCACGCUGCUGUAAGUCAUCAGUGGGUCCCUCUGUGAUUUCUAUAUGUUUUCUACCACGUAUUCCAGUUUUGAAUGCAUACUAUCGACUGCCUGCUGGCGGCUUAUGAGUAUUACUCAAUUAUUCCGCCGAAGGUGCUGGAUCUCAAUCCAAAUAUUCAUACUAGAUACUGGAGUGGACCAGAAGCGUUUGUCUCGAAGGCUCUACCCCAUUUUCGCGCGCUAAUUUCUGAGGGAGCUAAAAGUUCAAAAUAAAGCUUCUCAAGCCUUCUGAGGUGGAUCCGGAGCACAUGUUACUGAGUUGGGAAACAUUUGAGACAUUAGGGCAAUUACGCUUUCCAACUUAUCUCUGCCCUACUGACAACAGUUGUAUUUUUACCACUACUGACACUGUCCUUCCUAAUAUGGCAGACAGUGUCGACGUAGUAUUUCCGAAUCCAUUCGAUGAAUCGUUUUUUAAAUUUUUUUCGAAUUCGCAUCUUAAAAAGGUUUGGUACGUAGUCGGUUAUAAAGGUGCCUGACUUUUUGCUGAUUGCACUUCUGACAUGAUUAUUUGAAUCGCUUUCAACAUGCCCAAGUUAUUCUACUUUUUUUUCUUGAAGGUUUUACAUGGCAGCGAGGACAGCAUUAUGGUAAUGCCUCCGGGCAGUCGCAGCAUCUUUGCUCCCAUCUGA